CAAAUCACAAGGGGGGGACAACGCUUUUCUAUUCUUACUUUCACAUGUCGUUAACGUAGGGGUACUGAAUACGAGAGAGUGCGAGUGCGAGAGAGAGAAAGGAGACGAGGGAAGGGAAAGGUCAACCAUGGUGGCGGGUGCGGACGGCAAAGCGUCCCCGGCGAUCUCGCUGGUGGCCGGCGGCAUAGCGGGAGGUGUCGAGUCGGCGUGCACGUACCCGUUCGAGUUCGCGAAGACGCGCGUGCAACUCUACGGCCACGAGGGCAUCAGAAACCCGUUCAUGGUCGUGGCUAAGGUUGCUAGGGAGGAGGGACUACGUGCGCUGUAUAAGGGGUGCUCGACUAUGAUCGUGGGUUCCAUCGGCAAAGACGCAGUGCGCUUCGUCGCCUUCGACAGCAUCCGGUCGCUCUUCGAGGACCCCGAGACUCACCGGUCGUCCACCGCGCAGUCCAUCGCUUCUGGCAUGCUCACCGGCAUCGUCGCCUCAACGCUCGUCGUAACACCGUCCGAGCGCAUCAAAACGGCGCUGAUAGACGACGCCCGGACGUCGCGGCGGUUCCGGUCUCCCGCGCACUGCGUCGCGACGCUGCUCUCGGAGCAAGGCUUCGCGCGGGCGCUGUACGCCGGCUACGCGACCACGACGCUGAAGCAGAUCGGCACUACGGGUUUCCGGCUGGGCUCGUACGCGGCGCUCAAGGACUGGGAGCGCGGCUCGACCUUUUUCCGCGCGAAUAAGAUCGACGUGGACGGCGCGGCCGUGAGCUUCAUCAACGGCGCCGUCGCCGGAACCCUGACCACGCUGGCCACGCAACCCUUCGACACGGUCAAGACAAAGGCGCAGCAGGCGCGGGCCGUGGGUACGCUGGACUGCGUCAGGGCUGUGUAUGCCGAGGAUGGGAUCAGGGGGUUUUGGAGGGGGACUGUGAUGAGGUUGGGCCGCACGGUGAUGGCGGGCGGGAUCUUGUUCACGGCGAAUGAGCAGGCGCUUAGGGUGUUGAAGGCUUUUUUUGGGUAGGUAUUUGGAGUACGGAUUAGAUAGGUAUCUGGGGGUGUAGAGUCUGGAGUGCAGAUCAAUAAGGAGGCAUAGGUAAGGUAGUUAGAUAUACAGAUUAGAUAGAUGCCAGAUACCUGCGUAGACUUAGAACCGAGGAAGGGGAGUAUUUAGACUUUAAAUUUUGGGAAGAGACACAUGGAAGGAGAUUUUAGUGCUUAGAAAGACUCGACCGUCCGGCCGUCUCAGCUCUUUAGAUUGAGGUUGACUACUAUUGAGUAUCGAAUCCUUUGCAUAGGGGUUAUUUGGCCCCUUUAGUAACAGGCGAACCCACCGCUCCUAAUGAGCAUCUACUUAGGUAGAUAGGUCGGGAGGUAGGUACUUCAAAGCUACGCGCAAAGCCAUCUCAGCCUAAGCAGUAUGCCUUCUCCGGAGGUGUAAGCCAGCCCCAAACAGGUAUCAUGAAUAUCGAAAGUAGCCCUGAACUGAAUUC